GCUCGCCUUUUCUAAUUGGAGCCCGCCUCCCACGUGGCAUUCGUUCCAGUCUCUCGUCAUGAAACCGGGCGAGGAGAGUGCACCUCGGGGCAAACCUAAGUCCGGCAGAGUCUGGAAAAGUCCUGGAACCAAGUACAAACUUUCCUGCUAGCGUGUUUAGCUACCAAGCUCUAUUUUCGACGCAGACACAGGGACUGUGUGGCCGUGCCACCACUGAAAAAGCCGUAUAAAGUCAGGCGGGCUCAGGAGUCGGAGAGAAGGGCAGUGAGAGAGAUGGAGAGGGAGAUGAAGGAGGCCAAAGACAAAGAGAAAGAGGAACUGAGGAAACGGCUGCAGGAAAAGAGAGAGAGAAAACUAGAGAACCAGAGAAAGGGAGAGAUUGUUCAGAAGAUAACCAAUGUUACAAAGUUGAAAAGACUAAAGAAAAAGCAGCUGAGGACUAUAGAGAAGAGAUAGUGUUACAACUCUGACUUUUGAUGUGCCAUUUCUUACUCACCGUUCAAACGGUUUAAUUUUCUCGUGCAUUUGUCACAUGAUUGAACACUUCUUUAUAAUUUCGUGCCAUCGUAUAAAAUGUACACUCACAAAGUCCACCGUGGUAUGUUAUAACUUCUCAAUUGUCUCUUAAGUGUGAAAAGUGUUCCACAUUAUGUCUCAGUUGCAUCCUGAGAAACUGUUGCAAGUU